AUGCGGGGACCAACUCGAACCACCUUCCUCCAACCCAAUCCCCAAUCCCACGCCCCGAAUCACCUUUUGAUACAUUCACACCCUACCAAAAUAUUGAAUCCACCAUGUCCACACCUCAUCCCUCCAAAAAACCACCAUCCAUCCCCAACCCGCGCCGCCUCCUCAUCCUUUCCCCUCCUUCCCACUCCCUCACCACAAUCCCCCCCUCUCCUGCACUCUCUAACCGGCACCCCGGUCACCGACCCCCCCACAACCGACACCGCCGAGCCCUCCUUCGCCGGCUACACGACCCACGCGCCCCUCCCCCUCUCCACAAAAUACUACACCGCCGACAUCCCCGUCUGGGUCGACGAGGUCCCCCUGGCGCCGCACGCACAAGACUCCCCCUCCGCGCAAUGGCGCACCGAGUUCCUCAGCCCGGAGGCGGAGAUCGUGCGCGACGCGCUCGGCGCGCUGGUCGUCUGCGUGCGGAAUCCGGCGGGCACGCGGGCGGGGCAGGCUGUUGACGAGCGCGCGGAUGUGCGGGAGCUGCGCGCGCUGAUGCGCGAUAUCGGGGCUGUGAAGGAGCGGGUGGAUGAGGAGCGCGGCGGGGUGGGCGAUGUCCCCGGGAUCUUUGUGUUAGUCGGGCCCGGGGUUGGAGGGCUUGGGGCUGAGACGGAAGGCGGGGAGGAAGGCUUGGGGGGAUAUCGGGGAGGAGAGGGCUUUGUCGGGGGGGUUGUGGAGUGGGAUCCUGCAGUGGAGGGGGAAGGCAAGCGGAAUGCGUUUGGAGAAUAUGAGGGCAUGCCGCGGAUUAAAGAGGUGUUGGAGACGCAUGAGUGGGCUUCCGCGGACGUGGAUGGCGGAGCGGAUUUGGAUGCGGAGUUUGGGUUUGAGAGUGAUCUGGAGGGUGAGGUCGUGGGCUCUGGCGCGGGGCAUACAAGGGGGUUCGGGCAUGAGGUAAAUGAAUUGGAGAGGGAGAUGCUCGGCCUGAGGAUGGCCAUUGAACAUGGAGGGGAGGGGGAUGAGGAAUUUGAUGAUGGGGACGAGGAUCUCAAGGUCGAGUCUAUGGAGGGGCUCAUGAUGCGCAUGCAGGCAUUGAGAGACAUGGGGUCCGACUUGCCCGAAGCCGAGAGGAAGAAGUUUGCGGCUAAAGCUGUACAAGAUAUCAUGCGAGAGUUAUAG